CCCAAAGCAAAGUCGACGCCGCAUGCGCUGAGGCAACGAAACGAUCGCUUCAAGGAACAAUCGAUGCAACAUCAAGUGCCCGGGCGCAAAUCCUCAGUAGCGAGCAAGAAGCCCAGCAAGACACUGAGGCGAGCUGCCAUCAUCUUUGUCGUCAUCUUGGGAGGAGGAUUGAUAUUCGAGCUCUUACGGCUGAUUGUGCUCAAGUAG